UCAAUUUAGUGCUAACUACUUCACACCCACACGAUGCCAGAAAAAUUCAUGGACGACGAGGAAAUCAACAAGGACUUCAGUCCUACGCAUUUAAGAGUUAGAGAAGAUGCGAAGGUCCUCGGUAAGAAAGGAUAUCAACGAUUGCUUCUAACUGCUCUUAAGGCCAUCAUCGUGUGGGUGUUGAUUAGGGUUUGGCUUCCUGCUGGACUUAUCUUGCUGUUUGCCUUGAUUGUUGACAUAAUUCAACAAAGUGUGACCAGAUUUAAGAGAUUGGGCGAGUUGAAACGGAAGAGGAACGUCGAAUUGCAAAAGGCCGAAGAGACUAAAUUAAGAGACUUGAAAGUGACCAAUGUGAAAGUACAGAGUAGCAAUGAUUCAUUUGAUAUAGAGCGAAGAUUAGCUCCCAAUCUAACAGAUGAGUAUUUACUUGAGCAACAUCCAUGAAUGGGUGAUACUUUGUUGCAGUGCCAGACCACGAAAUCAUGAAUCUAACAGUUUAUUGGAAGAAGCGAGAGACCAUAUGGUCUAUGCUCGAAUAGUAUAUACAAUGCAAUUAAUGACAACAUGUUACGAGAUGUCCUAUUGUGAGAUGGGGCCUGGGUUAAGGAUGUGACAGACCAAAUUCGUCUUCGACUCGUUUGAGAAC